UGUUUGGCGCUCCUCUCAGGGUCUGCGCUCGGAAAACAUUUUAUGAUUCAGGUUAAAGGCUCUGUUCAGGUUUCGCGCCUUCGACACCUUCGGACGGUUUUUCCAACGAUGAGUUGGAUUUAAAACGGAUCUUUUCGAUGUGGAUUCGAGGAUGCAAGAAGCAGAUGAACAGUCUGAAGGGGCACAGUAUGCCAGCAACAGAAGGACCACUCCCCCAACUGACACCUCAGCUCCCUGGUCAGAAAGAAACACCCAUCUGCACCAGCUCCAUCCAUCACAGUCACUUCAUCCUCCAGCUAGCACCGGCAAGCCCGUCGGCUCCGCUCAUGGCCUCCUCGGGGCCAACAACUCCAUUCAGGGCCCCGGUGGAGCUGCCCCCGGAGUCAGCCCGGUCCUCGCUUGGCAUGCCGCCAUUAGCGCAGCCCGGCAAGCGCAGGGCGAUCCUGAAAAGCCCAACAUAAGUUCACGUCCCUCAGUUUGUACCACUUCUGCGCCAGCUCCUGUGGGCUCACUGGCACAGAAGAAGAGGCAGCAGUAUGCCAAAAGCAAAAAGCAGGGAGGAUCCACCAGCGGCAGACCGCCCAGAGCCCUUUUCUGCCUCACCCUCAACAAUCCGAUCCGCAGAGCCUGCAUCAGCCUGGUGGAGUGGAAGCCCUUUGAUAUCUUUAUACUGCUGUCUAUUUUUGCCAACUGUGUGGCCUUAGCCAUCUACAUCCCCUUUCCUGGAGACGACUCCAACUCUACCAACCAAGAACUGGAGACAGUAGAAUAUGCCUUCCUCAUCAUUUUCACAAUAGAGACAUUUCUGAAGAUUAUUGCCUACGGUCUGGUGAUGCACCAAAACUCCUACGUCAGAAACGGCUGGAACAUGCUGGACUUUGUCAUCGUCAUUGUGGGGUUGUUCAGUGUGGUUCUGGAGAUGAUAACCAAAGAUGCAGAUUCUGGUGGUCAGUCUGGAGGCAAACCUGGAGGGUUUGACGUCAAGGCCCUUCGAGCCUUUCGCGUGCUACGACCCCUUCGCCUUGUCUCUGGAGUUCCCAGUUUACAGGUGGUUUUAAAUUCCAUUAUUAAAGCCAUGGUUCCCUUGCUUCACAUCGCUCUGCUGGUCCUCUUUGUCAUUAUUAUCUAUGCCAUCAUCGGCCUGGAGCUUUUUAUUGGCAAAAUGCAUGCCACCUGUUACGUGACAGAAACAGGUGCCCUCGCAGAGGAAGAGCCGGCGCCAUGUGCAAUAUCAGGGCAUGGGCGUCAUUGCCUUCUCAAUGGUACAGUUUGCCGGGAGGGCUGGCAAGGCCCCAACAAUGGCAUCACCAACUUUGACAACUUUUUGUUUGCCAUGCUCACUGUGUUCCAGUGCAUCACCAUGGAAGGCUGGACUGACGUUCUCUACUGGAUGAAUGAUGCAAUGGGCUUUGAGCUGCCGUGGGUCUACUUUGUCAGCCUCGUCAUCUUUGGAUCCUUCUUUGUUCUUAACUUGGUUUUGGGUGUGCUGAGUGGAGAGUUCUCCAAAGAGCGCGAAAAGGCUAAGGCUCGAGGUGAUUUCCAGAAGCUGCGUGAGAAGCAGCAGUUAGAAGAAGACCUGAAGGGCUACCUGGACUGGAUCACCCAGGCAGAGGACAUCGACCCUGAGAACGAGGAGGAGGGAGAUGAGGAGGGCAAGCGUAACCCGAGCAUACCCACAAGUGAGACAGAAUCAGUGACCACAGACAAUCACAACGGAGAGGAAGACAAAUCACCAUGCUGUGGUCCGCUGUGUCAAAAAAUUACUAAAUCAAAGUGCAGCCGUCAGUGGCGUCGAUGGAACCGUUUCUGCCGCAGGAAGUGUCGUGCAGCUGUGAAAUCGGUGACCUUUUAUUGGCUCGUCAUCAUCUUGGUGUUCCUCAACACUCUUACCAUCUCCUCUGAGCACUACAACCAGCCGGACUGGCUGACUGAAGUACAGGAUGUUGCCAACAAAGUUCUUCUGGCCUUGUUCACCUUGGAGAUGCUGGUGAAAAUGUACAGCCUGGGGUUGCAGGCCUACUUUGUAUCCCUGUUUAACCGCUUUGACUGUUUCGUGGUGUGUGGCGGCAUCGUAGAGACCAUCCUGGUGGAGUUAGCGAUCAUGUCUCCUUUGGGCAUCUCUGUAUUGCGCUGCGUACGCCUCCUUAGAAUCUUCAAAGUCACACGUCACUGGGCGUCUCUCAGUAACCUGGUGGCCUCUCUCCUCAACUCCAUGAAGUCCAUCGCAUCCCUGUUGCUGCUGCUUUUCCUCUUCAUCAUUAUCUUUUCCCUGCUUGGCAUGCAGCUUUUUGGGGGAAAGUUCAACUUCGAUGAAACUGUGACUAAAAGAAGCACUUUCGAUAACUUCCCCCAGGCCCUUCUCACUGUUUUCCAGAUCUUGACAGGAGAAGACUGGAACACAGUAAUGUAUGAUGGCAUCAUGGCAUACGGUGGUCCUGCCUCCUCUGGAAUGGUCGUCUGCAUUUACUUCAUCAUCCUCUUCAUUUGUGGAAACUACAUCCUGCUAAACGUUUUCUUGGCCAUCGCCGUUGACAACCUGGCAGAUGCAGAGAGCCUCAACACAGCGCAGAAAGAGGAGGAAGAGGCAAAGAAGAGGAAGAAUAGUGCCAGGGAUGCAAGCGCUGAUAAGAAGAGAUGUGACAUAGCAGAAAGCAAAGAUGGCGAGACCAAGGUGCCGCUGGAGGGGUUGCAAGAGGAAAACAAAGAGUUGUAUCCUUCCAGUGACUCUCCAGUGUGUGAUGAUGGUACCGACAAUGACGAGCUCCCAGAAGUCCCGUCUGGGCCCCGGCCUCAGCGACUUUCUGAACUCACCAUCAAAGAAAAGAUUCCACCCAUCCCCGAAGGCAGCGCCUUCUUCAUUUUCAGCAGCACAAAUCCGUUUCGUGUAUUCUGCCAUAAGCUGAUCAACCAUCAGAUCUUCACCAACCUCAUCCUGGUCUUCAUCAUGCUCAGCUCUGUCUCGCUGGCUGCCGAAGACCCCAUCCGCAACUUCUCUGCUCGCAAUAUCAUCCUAGGCUAUGCAGACUAUGUCUUCACUAGUAUGUUUACAUUUGAGAUCUUUAUUAAGAUGACAGCAUUUGGAGCAUUCCUUCAUAAAGGGGCGUUCUGUAGAAACUACUUUAACCUAUUAGACCUGCUGGUCGUUGGUGUGUCUCUGGUGUCUUUCGGCAUUCAGUCGUCCGCUAUCUCAGUGGUGAAAAUUCUUCGUGUUUUGCGAGUUCUUCGUCCUCUCAGGGCCAUCAACAGAGCUAAGGGACUCAAGCACGUGGUCCAGUGUGUAUUUGUGGCCAUCAGGACCAUUGGCAACAUCAUGAUUGUCACCACUCUGCUGCAGUUUAUGUUCGCUUGUAUCGGAGUGCAACUUUUCAAGGGUAAAUUUUAUCGAUGCACAGAUGAUGCAAAGUCCAGCCCAGAUGAGUGCAAGGGUACAUAUAUUCUCUACAACAAUGGUGACACUGCGCUGCCCAUGGUGAAGGAGAGGAUCUGGUAUAACAGUGAAUUCAACUUUGACAACGUCCUCAUGGCCAUGAUGGCUCUUUUUACUGUUUCCACCUUUGAAGGAUGGCCCACUCUGCUGUACAAGGCCAUCGACUCCAACAGGGAGAACAUGGGCCCUAUCUACAACUACCGCAUCGAGAUCUCCAUCUUCUUCAUCAUCUACAUCAUCAUCAUUGCCUUCUUCAUGAUGAACAUCUUUGUUGGUUUUGUCAUCGUUACGUUCCAGGAGCAAGGGGAAAAGGAGUACAAGAACUGUGAGCUGGACAAAAAUCAGCGUCAGUGUGUCGAGUACGCUCUUAAAGCUCGCCCUCUUCGGCGCUACAUUCCCAAAAACCCCUACCAGUACAAGUUCUGGUAUGUGGUGAACUCCACCGGCUUCGAGUACGUCAUGUUCGUCCUAAUCAUCCUCAACACCUUAUGCCUGGCCAUCCAGCACCAUGGUCAGUCUCAUUUAUUUAACUAUGCCAUGGACAUCCUGAACAUGGUGUUCACUGGGGUUUUCACUGUAGAGAUGAUCCUCAAGCUGAUUGCCUUCAAGCCCAGAGGCUAUGUCGGGGACGCCUGGAACGUCUUCGAUGCUCUGGUGGUGAUUGGCAGUGUAGUCGACAUCAUACUCAGCCAGAACACAGAGGACAGCGCUCGCAUCUCCAUCACCUUCUUCCGCUUGUUCAGGGUGAUGCGAUUGGUCAAACUGCUGAGCAGGGGUGAGGGAAUCAGGACUCUCCUGUGGACCUUCAUCAAGUCCUUCCAGGCUCUUCCCUAUGUUGCACUCCUGAUAGCCAUGCUGUUCUUCAUCUACGCUGUCAUUGGAAUGCAGGUGUUUGGGAAAAUAGCAAUGGUAGAUGGGACACAAAUCAACCGCAACAACAACUUUCAAACCUUUCCCCAAGCUGUCUUGAUGCUGUUCAGGUGUGCUACAGGCGAGGCCUGGCAGGAGAUCAUGCUGGCCUGCAUGCCAGGCAAGCUGUGCGAUCCAGAGUCAGACUACAACCCCGGAGAGGAGAGGACCUGUGGCAGUGGCUUUGCCAUUAUCUACUUCAUCAGCUUCUACAUGCUCUGUGCUUUCCUGAUCAUAAACCUGUUUGUUGCUGUCAUCAUGGAUAAUUUUGACUAUCUGACCCGUGAUUGGUCCAUUCUCGGGCCGCACCACUUGGACGAGUUUAAAAGGAUCUGGUCAGAAUACGACCCAGAAGCUAAGGGCAGGAUAAAGCAUCUCGAUGUAGUAACUCUACUGAGGAGGAUCCAACCCCCGCUGGGCUUUGGGAAACUUUGCCCUCACAGAGUGGCCUGUAAGCGUCUGGUGGCAAUGAACAUGCCCCUGAACAGUGAUGGAACUGUAAUGUUUAAUGCCACCCUGUUUGCUUUGGUCCGCACUGCUCUCAAGAUUAAGACUGAGGGGAACCUGGAGCAAGCCAAUGAGGAGCUUAGAGCCGUGAUCAAAAAGAUCUGGAAGAGGACCAGUAUGAAGCUACUGGACCAAGUGGUGCCUCCUGCAGGCGAUGACGAGGUAACAGUGGGGAAGUUCUAUGCCACCUUCCUGAUACAGGACUACUUCAGAAAGUUCAAGAGGCGCAAGGAGCAAGGUCUUGUGGGAAGGCGCUCGUGGGAGAGGCUGAAUACCACCUUGGCUCUACAGGCUGGCUUGCGUACGCUGCAUGACAUUGGACCAGAAAUCCGUCGUGCCAUAUCAUGUGACCUGCAGGAGGAAGGACUAGUAGAUGAAAAUGCAGAGGAAGAGGAGGAAAUCUACAGACGUAAUGGCAGCCUUUUUGGGAACCAUGUCAACCACAUAGGUGGGGAUCAGCAAGCCUCUUCUCACCCCACCACCGUCACACAGCGUCCACUACAGAUCCUGCCCUUCUCCAGCGCUGCCUCAACCGAACCCCCGCAAAUCGUCAGGAGAGCCAGCAGUAACGACAGGGAAGGAGAGACAGAACUGAACUCUUCACCCAUCCUGUACAAUCAACUUCAUCACACCACUCAUUACCCUCACUGUAAUUCCACUUGUGUUCAAUCGCCAAUACCUUCCAAUGCCAACCUCAACAAUGCCAACGUGCCCUCACUUCUCUCCAUGACCAUUGCGAGGCAGCAGAAGUGUUUAAGACGGAGUCGCCCGUCCUCCACCAGAAACGCAUCAUCAACAACUACUUACAGCAAAGGACUGCAAGGCAAGCCUUGGAAGUCGCACUCCACAAGGACACGCUACUAUGAGGCCUAUAUUAGGUCAGAGAGCAGCGGAGCACUUUAUCCCACCAUUCGUCGAGAGGAGAGGGGCAAUGGGGACAGCGAUGAAGAGAGAGGCUCGGGCGAGUACUUCAGUGGGGAGGAAUUUCAUGAAGAUGACAUCAUGCUCACAAAGGAAAGGUUGUCCAACAAUGAAUGCCAUGAUGACGCAGAGGGAGAUUUUGACCUCGUUUCCAGGGGUGACUGCCAGUCUGAAAGUUACUGUGACGAUGAUCAACGGCCAAUCUACCAGGACAGCAGGCCGUCACCCAGGAAAUGGUUUUUACCCUCACCUCAAGCCUCCAACAGACCAACAUUCAGCUUUGAGUGUCUUCGGAGAAGAAGUAGUGAAGAUGAUGCUCCUCCUUCUCCAUCAUGCACAGCUCUUCCACUACACCUGAUGCAGCAACAGGUGAUGGCGGUGGCCGGUCUCGACGCAAGCAAAAUUCACCGUCUUUCUCCCACAAGGUCUAUGCGCUCGUGGGCCACUCCUCCUGCCUCCCCAGUUAGCCGUGACUUCUCGCCCAGUUACACGCCACUCAUACAGGUGGAUUGGCGCAGUCCCGGCAGUGUGGCCAGCAUCCCUGGAGCAGUGAAGAGGAGUUCAUGGUACACAGAUAGUCAGGACGGCCCUCCCAGCCAAAGCCAUUCUCCGUCACGUCUGCAUUUACCCGCAGAGUGCUGCUCGCACUGCCUGCAAAAGAGAGGCAGUGCCAACAGUCUGGUGGAAGCUGUGCUGAUUUCUGAAGGUUUGGGGAAAUACGCCAGGGACCCUAAAUUUGUGUCAGCAACUAAACACGAGAUUGCAGACGCCUGCGAAAUGACCAUCGAUGAAAUGGAGAGUGCCGCCAGUAACCUGCUGAAUGGGACCAUGGGUAAUGGCAACACAGGGAGGAAAGAGAGCGUUGGCUCGGAUUCGCAUGCCAGUGCAAAUAUUAGGGACCACAGCAUCCGUGACUACAGCGAUGAGGAGCCAUAUGUGGCUGUGAAAUGUGAGGAGGACCUAACAGAUGAGAUGAUAUGCAUCACCUCACUAUAACAGCAGCUCACACUGGGAUAUAUUUAGGUUUUUUUCAAUUGAAUUUUUACUACUGUUCUACGGUGAGGGGACACCUCUAUUCAAGUGCAUCAUGCAAUAAUGAAAACGUGUAAAACACAGAUGGAUAAGAGAGCAAAGUGCCUUGUUUUCUCUUAAGAAAUGAUGAAGAAAUGGUUGGGUUUAUGGAAAAUGUUUGAUAAAUUUAGCAAACCAGAGGGAAUCAAAUCUGCCUGCCAACCAGUCUGACAUCUAGCGAAAAUUCAAACCUCUAAAUGGAGUUUUUCUUUAUUGUUACACCGGUUUCUUACAGCAGGAAAAACUCAAAUGUGGGUUUUCUAACACAGAUUUUAGGGAUCAUCGUAAUCAGCUUCAGUUCAAGGCGAUAAUGGGUCGGCCCAGCUGCAUUGUUCUAAAAUAAAUCUAAACUGUUUACUCGAUAUAUAAAGAGCCAAAAAACAAAAAGUGUUCAACGUUUCAAUCAUUUUUAGAUUGCAGUGCAUGAUUUUGUUUUUCCCACAGAAGCUGAUUUUAUUAAAACAAUUUUAGAAAAAUUUCCAAAGCAUUCAACUAACUUAUGUUCCAGUUUAGAUGUCUGAAAAAACAAAACACCAACGCCAGGUCAGCGUAUGGUUGUCCAGUCAUUCCAAGCUUCCCUGUAUUUCGUUGCCAGAUCCAUGUAUAUAAAUAAUGUGUGAUUUUAACCUUUUAUUGGUCAUGUUAGCAAACACUGGUUGUUCGCAUUACAUUAUUUUACCUUCGUGACUCGAUUUCGAGUAAAAAAAACAAAAACAAAAACUUGACAGAAACAGUUUUUUUCGUGGUAGUCUUGAUCACUUAAACUUCUCUGGGUCACAGUUCAGGAUUUCAGGGCUAAGCUUGGCUAUGUCUCUGUUUUUGACUUGAAAAGGAAAUCACAUAUCAGUAGGAAAAAAACAACAACAAGUCUUUGUCCUCAGGCAUAUCCUCCUUCUACACGUAAUCGUGGAGACAUUCUCUUAGUCCUCCCUUUACACCAACAGCAGUGCUACAUUCAAGGAGUUUGGUCAAGCUACACACCCUUAAAAUAAAGGAAUAUUAGGAUGCUGUGCGUCACUCACUGGCCGUGAUGAUCCUUAACUUUGAAGACUGGGAUUUCCUUGUUAAGCCCUUUACUCAGAUAUGCAAUGGUGUAGAUUACUAUGAAUCACUAUUCCCCCUGAAUCACUCUGAGAUCAGCAACAGUAGAUAAUCUCUGAGGUUUCUGUGUGAUGUGGCUCAAUAGACUCAUGAGUCUCUUAUGUAAAACUAGUGCAUGAGACCCAGACUACUCAUGUUUUAAAACUAAUUACUCGUUGACAGCAUGGACUUAUCUUUGACAGUUCUUGAAGGUGAAACAAAAAUAAAAACAAAGACCACCGGAGUUUCUUUGUGUCACAGAUGACACAUCAAGUAAACCUUUUAUUCCCUCCACAGCUUCUUCUUCAGUUCCCAUAAGUCUCUCCAGCCGAGCUGCCGGGAAGUAGAAAAUCCUGUCAAGCGUGCUUGUUUUUGCAAUGGAAUGAAUAAGACCAUACAGGUCUCUACAUAAGGGGCGACUAUUUACUGGAUUGCCUGACAAUAUGCUAUGUCAGUAUAUUUGCUCUUGUAAUGAAAUGACUGCUGUUGCCUUUUAUCUGUUGGAGUUGUUUUUGUCAAGACAAAGAGCACAACUGGGGGGAAAAAGUAGUAAAGCGUUUCUGCACCACUAACGGGUGUUUGUCUCCCACUGCCAACUAUAAUAACCUUCAGAUUAAUUUAAACAAAAAAACAACACACUGAGUCAUGGCUAGGCAAUCUUUCAUUUUUUCUUAUUCUAAAUACUGCUGUAAGGGCAAUCUGUUCUGUACAAUCAAAGGGCUCCUUUAAAACCAAAACAAGGGAAUGCUUGGUUACAUUGUAACCCUUGUUCUCUGAGUGUAGAGACUCUCUCCACCCUACUACGUAUUCCAUUUAUGAGUUGGAGAGAUAGUCUGGACAUAAUAGAGAACACUCCAUACUCAAAUGCGUCAAAUGUUUUUUGUUAAAAAAUUACUGAAGUUUAUUUAUUUAUUUAUUGUGACUAAAAGUUGACUAAAGGGUCUAAAUCUGGUGCCGGUAUUUGCUAUUGGACGUUCUGAUGAUGUAGAUAUACAGAUGUACAAGCAGGAUACAAGCUGCUAUCUGGACUAUUGUUCAGAUGGACUGCAAAUGCACUCUUUCCUCUUCACGCUAGAAGAGCCUCAUACAGGUUUAAGUGGCCAAUACAGCUGAUAAAUGAGACAUAUGCAUUUUUUAACUGCAAGUAAAUUGUUUUUAAUGUAGACUUUGAAAAAAAUCUUAUUACCUCUGUAACUCUCCGGGCCUGUUGGUUAACAUGUCAGGGAAACUCUGGUAACGCUGCAUUUGCACAAAAGUAGUAAUCGUAAACAUUUAUGUGUGAUUUUUUUUUCUUUAUUGGCAGCGAUCGUGAUUGGUUGUCCAAAAGUCCAUAGUAAUGAAUGAUGAACCACCAAAUCUUUAGUAAAAAUCAGUGUUUGAUUGACACGAGAUCUACUGCCAAACUGAAAUGUUUGUACCACCCAACAUUACAAAGAUUAAAGAGAAGUACCAAAUUCAACACUGGUUUGAUUUUCAGGAAGCCAUAAAAAGUCUGAGGUGAACAUGCUGGCUUCUAUGUGAUACUUUCGUUUUUUAUUGAAAACCACCCAACCCCACUCCCCAAGGCAUUCAGCUAUGCUUUGAAUCACUUACGUCAGCUUCUUGACAGGAAGCCACCUGCUUAGGAAUAUAAUCUGUCAAAAGUGCACGACUCCAAACAGUUCAGAUUUACCCUGCGGCUCACAUGCGAGAAACUCGAAACAACAACAGUCAUGUGGAGAUUAUUACCAAACGAUUAUCACAUGAGAUCGAAUGACAAGGACUGCAAAGCUUUGUUUUGCAACGCAGCUUUAUUUUUUUGUACUGUUCCACUGCUUUACAGAUGUCUAUAAAGUGAAAAUGAUGUAUAAAAUCUGUACAGCAUUUGUAAAAAGUAUGCGAUUAACUUGAAGAUCUCUGCUUUCUACCCAGUUGUGUGAACAUUUAAAAAAAAAAAAA